UGCUGAUGUGGUGCAGUGGUGCAGGCAGGCUGCUGAUACUUUGACUCGCAGUGGUUCUGGUGGGCUUUUGUCUCGUUUUUUUUUUUUUUUUUUUUUUGGACUCAUGCCUUACUAUCAGACCUGGGAGGAGUUCGCCCGCGCGGCAGAGAAACUUUAUCUGACAGAUCCCAUGAAGGUCCGAGUGGUUGUGAAAUAUCGACACUGUGACGGUAACCUGUGCAUUAAAGUCACCGACAAUGCAGUGUGUCUGCAGUAUAAGACAGAUCAGGCCCAGGACGUGAAGAAGAUUGAAAAGCUGCACGGAAAACUGAUGAGGCUCAUGGUGUGCAAAGAGACGCACAGCGGUGCCAUGGAAGCAGACUGAAGUGUCACAGAGCGGCUAAACUGAGUGAUGGCGAGCACAAGAACCUCAUGGGUUUGAGAUCUGGACUGUGUCAGGACCUGGGAUCAAUCAGGGAUGUCAUCUUGUUCUCUCAUUUACGUUUUCAUCAUCUUGUUUUUUUGUUGUUGUAUUUUGAUCAUGUCCCUGAUUGUUUCUGUGGAAGAAAAUCAGACAGGCAGCUGGAAAAUAUUUGAAGAGGUUUGGAAGGGAAAAGUGGAACAUCUGCUGCUGUUCUUGAAGCAUAAUUAGGACCUUGAUGUGUGGAGAAUUUUUUAUUAUUUUUUUUUUUUAAGGUUUAAACUUCUGGGGGGAAGAUGUUCCAAGUCGGAAACUAUUUCAGUGCAGGUUUUUUUUUUUUUUUUUCUUCUUCUUACCCCUUGAAUGAAGUGGGAACAUCUAAUUUCAUAACAGUAGUGUGGAGAAACCAAACACCUGCUGCAUCAUAUCACCUGAGAAGAAUUAUAAGAAGCAUUCAAAUAAAACAUGCAUUAUUUGGUUCA